CUGUGCGUUUAAUUUCAGAAAGUUAAUAUGAAAGCCUCAAAAAUAGAAACACAACGCAAAACAUUUUUGUUUUUCUCCUAAAAAAAAGGGGAAAAUUCCUCUGUUGGUCCUUUUUAGCCCCUAACUUUCAAUUCCGAACAUUUUGGUCCCAAACCUUUUUUCUAAUGCAUGACAGGUAUUCCAUAUUGGCAGAAUGGGUUGGUUUUUCCUUCGGGGCCCAUGAAGGGGUUUGAGGUUGAUUUGACCCGACUAAGAGGCGGUAUUUUCCAUUUUAGGCGCCAAAAGGAGGAUCUGAGGCUAGGCGGGAUAGAAAGUGAGGGAGACGAAAAGAUGGAUGUAUGGAGGCUACCGAUAUCGGCGUCGCUGAGAGGAAAGCUAAUCUCCGCCGGCUACACUUCCGUCACGUCGCUUUCUUCAGUCUCCUCCGCUAAUCUUGCUCAAGAUCUAAAUAUUUCGAACAGUGAAGCUCUUAAUGUUCUGAAGGUUGCAUCCCAUAGCGGUGGAUCGGAGUGCUUGAAUGAGAAUCCUUCGAUUAUAAAUGGUGCACAAAAUGCUUGGGAUUUGCUUCAUGAGGAGGAGUCCUUGACACACAUCACAACAUCUUGUGCAGAUCUAGAUGGCAUCUUGGGUGGUGGAAUACAUUGCAAAGAAGUUACUGAAAUUGGUGGAGUACCUGGCAUUGGUAAAACGCAACUGGGGAUUCAACUUGCUGUCAAUGUUCAAAUUCCACAUGAGUUUGGUGGGCUUGGAGGAAAAGCAAUAUAUAUAGAUACAGAAGGUAGUUUUAUGGUGGAGCGUGCAUUACAAAUUGCUGAUGCAUGCAUAGAGGACAUGUCAGAAUACAACAGAUUCUUAAGAAAAGAUUGUCAACCAUGCCAAAUGAAAAUGGAACCGAAGGAUAUCCUGGAAAAGAUAUUUUAUUUUCGCAUCUGCAGUUACACUGAACAAAUUGCUUUGAUAAAUUACUUAGACAAGUUCAUUGCAGAACAUAAAGAUGUUAAGGUGGUUGUUGUUGAUAGUGUUACUUUUCAUUUCCGCCAAGAUUUUGAGGACAUGGCCCUCAGGACUCGAGUGCUUAGUGAAAUGGCUCUAAAGCUGAUGAAGUUGGCCAAAAAAUUUAGUUUGGCGGUUGUUUUACUGAAUCAAGUAACCAUGAAGCAUGCAGAAGGUUCCUUCCAAUUAACUCUUGCACUAGGAGAUAGCUGGUCACAUUCAUGUACAAAUCGGGUCAUUUUAUACUGGAAGGGCGAUGAGCGUCAUGCAUAUAUUGACAAGUCACCCUCUCUCAGAUCAGCUUCAGCUCCAUAUUCUGUCACUACAAGAGGAAUCCGGAAUUCUGCUUCAAGCCAUAAACGAAUCAAAAUGAUGUGAAGUUCAGAUAGCAAAGUAAAAUGUGGAAAGGCUCCUCUUACACCUUUUCUUAUGAUGAUUGACACACAAAAGCAAAAGUGAGAGCUCUCGUCCCUCUGCUUACUCAGCUGAUAGUUAUUGAAUUGUUAAAAUCUGAGUAAAAGGUUCUCUACUUUUGUUCCCACAAAUGCUUAAAGGGUGUUUGUACCGAGAUCCAUCAUAUUCAUAAAUCAUAAUGAACAAAACAGUUUUCUCAAAAAUACUAGUAGCAGAUUAACCCUUUGAUCGUCUAAGAGAAUAGGAUGGCAAAACAUUAGUUUCAAAGAGAACACCCUACUGUGUUAUUUAUCUAAGGCUUAGCUCACAUGGAUGCUAGAAGUAGGUACUGAGCUAAGUUUGUGAGGAUCUAGUGGUUGGUGGUCCCUCGUGUUUUUCUGAAAAAAUGCAUAAAAUUACCUGAGAUUUGCACAUUGUACCAAUAUUUGCUUGAAUGUUAUUAGUAUAAAUUAAUGCUGAGAAUGUGAAAUGGCAUUGAAGGCCAAUUCGGGGCACCCUGGCCUGCCCAUGGGAUGUGCCCCGAUGGGUCACAUAUUGUACGAUGAGGUCAUGAGGUAUAAUCCGAAGAACCCGUAUUGGUUCAACAGAGAUCGGUUUGUUUUGUCUGCCGGUCAUGGUUGCAUGUUGCAGUAUGCUCUGCUUCAUCUCGCUGGUUACGAUAGUGUCCAGGAAGAAGAUUUGAAGAAUUUCCGUCAGUGGGGAAGCAAAAGCCC